CGAAGAAUUCACGUCCGUCAGAGGACAGUCACAGUCGCGCUUUGCUGUGCGUCGGAGUUUCCCCAUUGCGCAAGACGAACCGCCAUCGGCACGUUCGACAUCAUGUGGAGUGGCCCCAUUACUCAUCUCGAUCUCCCAUUCGGCGAUGAGCGCAUGUUGGAUGGACUGUUGCGCACGCAAGAGCAGAGGCGGAAUGACUUCAAGAAGGUCAUUUCCAAACGCAGCCCUCGACCACGAUCAGCCAGCAGCACAUUGGCUACCGCUUUUCCAAACAGUCCAUCAUGGUCACCACAAAAGAAAGCGCCCCGCUCACAAUCCCGGCAGACGAGGCGCAAGCUGGUGCUUCGAGUUCCAGCCCUCAUAGUGUGAGCGAUGGCGAUGGCGAAGCAACAGCGUGCAACGAUACCGGCGAGGACGUCGAGGUGGAACGGGGAGCCAAAUCGAGAGCAAAGGCAGAGGCUCUGGAGAAUUCAGCGCAAAACGACACGUCCGAGCAAACGUUGAGCAUCGACGAUUUGCCAUGGGCAAAUCCCCGCAAUUGGCCCUACUUGAAGCGGGCAGCGAUAGCAGUCGUGAUCUGGCUCUGCAUUGGACCCGUCGACAUGACCGCAGCUGCGUAUAGCGGAGGGACGGAGCAGAUCAUCGAAGAGUUCCAAGUCACACGGGUUGUAGCCGUGCUGGGCGUUUCUCUAGCAAAUCUGGGCAUCUCGAUUGGUCCCGUCAUCGGUGCGCCUCUAAGCGAGACAUUUGGUCGCAAGCCAGUCUAUCUCGUCUCCAUGGCUGGUUUCGUAGCAUUCUCUGCAGCUAGCGGAGGUGCAAGGAAUAUCCAAACGCUCCUGAUCACUCGGUUUGUGAGCGGCCUCUUUGCCGGUCCGCCCUUUUCCGUGUGCGGAGGCUCGCUUGGUGACCUCUUUACAGAUGAAGAGCGCGGACCUUGGGUGGCCAUUUUCACGCUGAUGCUCCAAGGCGCGCCAUCCAUCGCCCCAGUGUGGGCCAAUUGGAUGGGUCAGACGGUAUCAUGGCGGUGGAUCCUCUACGCCAUUGCUAUCUUUGCAGCCUUUGACCUCGUGCUGCUCUGUCUGAUUCCCGAGACGCAGCCCGGCAUCAUUGUCCGCAAUAAUGCGCAGAGGUUGCGUCAGGAGAGGGGCGCAAAGAGCGAAGAGACUGCAACGCCAGCGGUUAGCAAGCUCGCUGCGCGCUUGCGACCGAAGCUGCAGACAUCGAAAGACGGGCCUGACGAGAGGCAUGCAGAGCACCAGCUCAACGAGAAGCUCGAUGCUUCGCAGGGACAAGUGUAUGCCCCCAUCGAAUUUGAUCACCGACCGCUGUGGCGCAAAAUCACCUCCACACUGGCUAGACCGCUGGUCAUGCUGGUCACCGAGCCGAUGCUGCUGUCGACGACCAUCUACCACGCGUUCAUAUACUCUUUGUUGUUCAUGCUGCUCGAGAUUUACCCGCUCGUAUACGAACGCAUCUACUCGCUCUCGCUGGGUUUGUCUGGAACAGCAUUCGUGGCACCGUGGCUCGGUAAUGCGCUUGGCGUGGUGUGGUACUUUGCCAUCAUCGGACCAAAGUACGCCAAGCUGUCCAAAGAAGGGCACGCGACACCCGAGACUCGACUGCCCAGCAUGGUCAUUGCCGCCAUCCUCUUGCCUGUCGCGCUUUUUUGGUUCGCGUACACGACCUACCCGAGCGUGCAUCCAGUCGUAUCCAUGGCCUCUGGAGUGCUCGUAGGUGCAGGAAUGGUGUUGCUGCAGCUCGCUCUGAACGCCUACUAUAUCGAUGUGUACGCCCCAUCAGGCAGGGCGGCAUCGGCACUGGCAGCCAACGUCAUGCUUCGCAACCUCUUGGCCACCGCAUCGCCCCUCUACACCACGCCCAUGUACGACGCCUUGGGUGCGCAAAACGCGAGCGUCAUCCUCGCAGCCGUGGCUUGCUUGGGUUUGCCAAUGUCCCUCUUGCUCAUUUGGAAGGGCAAGCAGUUGAGACAGAAGAGCAAGAUUGCGCAGUGACGGCGCCGUGCCGUUAGAGUAGAUUCUCGCAAAUGUAUGGAUCGCAUGCUUGACGCGAAUUUGAAU